AUGGCAGUGGAUCAGAAGUCCAACAAGCAUAAACAGGCCUAUGCCACAGUGGCCUUAGACCUUGCUAGUGAAGAAGCGGUAAAAUUUUUGCUGUCACUUCUGAAGCAGCCGGGUCGAGUUUUCUAUGUGCAUGCUGCGCCUCCAUGUGGAACGUGUUCUCGGGCCAGGGAGCGUCGUCUCAAGAGAGCAGUGCGCACUGACUUGAAGCGGGUCACCCUGGCCAACCGCAUCUAUGCCAACAUUGCAACAGUGUUGUCCCAAGCAAUCAUUGCCGGUGCCUACGUUUCUGUGGAGAACCCUACUCGUUCCUGGAUGUGGCAAACGAGUUGGAUGAAGCAGCUCAUUGAACGAUUCAACCUGCGUGCAGUGACUUUCCAACAAUGCAUGCAUGGGGGAAAGCGUGACAAGUGGUCUACGUUUUACACCAACGCGCCCUGGUUGACCUUCUUGGCUAUGGAAUGUGAUGGGCAACACUCUCAUCUGCCGUGGGGUGUCACCAAGGAUGGCAAAAAGUAUAAGUUCAAUACUGCAGAAGAAGCGGAGUACCCUCCUGUCUUGUGCGAGCGGAUAGCAGCUGCCACCUCAGAGGCAGCCUUGCAUGCAGGUGUUCAGGAAGUGGUACCUCUGCCGAAAGCCCCUUCUCGACCAGCCCCUUCAAAGAUGGCUGCUGCCGGUCGACAGCCACGUGGAAACCGCCUGCCAGAGGUGAUUUCCGAAUACAAGAGUACCUUCACCGUGACUUGGCCUUUUGCCAAGCCUCUCAAACUGCCACGGCUGUUAUCCUCUGAGGAAGCAGCCUUCUUUGGCGUGCCCGCUCACACCAAAGCCCUCACAUGUGAAAAGCGGCAAGGAGCUGAUGAUGAGGGCCAGAACCCAAUGAAGUUGUGUGCGAAGCUCGCCAUCCUGAGGACAGAGGCGGAAUUCGUGGAAGAGGCACUGAAGUUGAGUCACCCGUUUGACUCUUCGGAAGCGGUGACAGACGACAUCAAGAUGUACAUCUUUGAAGUCCUCACUGAAGGGCCAGCGGCAAUGGCAACCAAGCGGCAGAAAGCCUUGGAAUACUAUGCCAAAAGAGCUGUAGAACUUCAAGAAGAAGAGGAAAAGCUGCACGCCCAGCUGCCAGCAAAUAGAAGAGCCUUGGUUGAGGACAAGAGAGGCCUUCUUUUGGCCGAGAUGUGCCGUGAUGCUGGUGUCCACGAUGAUGGUUUAGCAGACUUGCAACUGUCGGGAGCCCCCUUGACAGGGAUUUCAGGUGCAACAGGCCUUUUUUCUCCUGUUGAACAACAACCUCCUGCCAUGGAUGACACCCAGCUCAUGAAAUCCUCGAGAUGGAGCAGGAAGAUGGUUGCAGCGAAGGAUUCAGGUGUAGCAGAUGUCAGCCUGCAGGAGGAGGUGUGGAACAUCACCAUGGACGAGGUGAAAAGAGGAUGGCUCCAAGGGCCCUUGACAGAGCCCCAAGUGCGAAAAGAACUAGGGCCACUUUAUGUGGUGUCACCGAGGUUCGGCUUGAGGCAGUCGGACAAAACUAGACCCAUAGAUGAUAUGUCGAUCAGCUUGGUGAACUCGAGCUUCUCGGCAAGCUACCUUUUGGAAUUGGAUGGAGUCGAUGGAGUGGCAGUUCUGGCAAGGACAUUCGCAGGUGCAGUGGAUGACAGUGGUACUGUUCGCUUAGCGCUCAGUGAUGGCCAAGUCAUAGAGGGCGAGCUUCAUCCUUCCCUGAACUUGGAUGAGGCCAGGAGAAUUCUUGGUCGCACCUUGGACCUGGACUCGGCCUACAAGCAGCUGCUUGUGCGUCAGUCAUCGCUAUGGGCAAGCGUCUUGCAGGUGAGGAAUCCAAGUGGUGAGCCUUUUCUCUUCAUUUCGCAGGUGCUGCCAUUUGGAGUUUCGGCCUCAGUUUACUGCUUCAAUAGGUUUUCGAAAGCUUUGCAGAUGAUUGGUGCUCGCUUAUUUUCACUUGCCUGGGUGUGUUAUUUCGAUGACUUCACGCAGUUUGAUUUGGCUGCCAUGGGUGACUCUUUGCAAAUGACGGCGGAGAAGUUUCUGGAUUUGGUGGGCUGGAAAUACUCCGUAAAAGAAGCAAAACGAAAGCCUAUGUCUCCCAUUUUCUCGGUGCUAGGAGUGGAUGUGGAUCUGAGUGCCAGCAAGUCUGGCUUGGUUUUAGUGCGCAACAAAGAGUCGAGAGUUAACCAGAUUCAGCUUGAAAUCUCAGAGAUUGUAAGCUCCAGAGCCUUCAGCUCCGCUACUGCCUCGUCUUUGCGUGGUCGAUUGCAGUUUGCUGAAAGCCAGACUUUUGGGAGAGCUAUCAGCUUGUUCAUGCGCUCUUGCAACUCCAGAGCUACCGGGGCCAAGCCGGGCUCAAACUUGGAUGAUGACAUGAUGAAGGAGCUCCAAUGGGCGAAGGGCUUCAUAGCAGAAGAUUGUCCACGAAUCCUGAAAGUUGACCAAAGCAGUGUCAGAGUAGUUAUCUUCACAGAUGCAUGCCUGGAAGACAACGACAGGACGGCUGGCAUUGGCAUGGUUGCCAUGGUGUGUCGUGAUGGCAUUCCUACCAAAAAGUUCUUCCUCUCAGAGCGUGUGCCCAAGGAAGUGUUGGAAAAGCUUCAAGUGAACACGCCGAAAGUGAUUGCUGGCCUGGAGCUUUUAGCUGCAGUGAUGGCAGUUGAUCUACUCAAAGAUUUUUUGGUAGCAAGGCGUGCCUUUCUUUUCAUCGACAAUGAAGCUGCGAGAGCUAGCCUUCUUUCCAUGUGGUCACCUAUCUUCACUCAUGCUCGAAUGCUUCAACAUCUUUGGGAUUUAGUGAGAAGCAAGUCGAUCUUCAUGUGGACGUCGCGCGUGCCGUCGCUGUCAAAUGUGGCUGAUAAACCAUCGCGUUUCGAAAUUGUACAGCUUGUGGAGGCAGGUUUCAACAGAAUGCGACCCAAAUGGCUGUAG